CGCUGGUUGACCCGCCGCCACCUCAACCCCCACAGAAGCUCCGCCUCAUGUGCAGCUACGGUGGGCAUAUAGUCCCCCGCCCCCACGACAAGACUCUCUGUUACGUCGGUGGAGACACCCGCAUCAUCGUCAUCGACCGCCAUACUUCACUCUCCGACCUCCAUCACCGCCUCUCCAAAACCCUCCUCCAUAACCAAUCCUUUUCCCUGAAAUACCAACUGCCCAACGAGGACUUGGAUUCCUUAAUCUCUGUUACGACAGAUGAAGAUCUUGAGAACAUGGUGGAAGAAUACGACCGCCUUAACAGUGCCGGUGGGGGGUUGAAACCCGGCCGCCUUCGCCUAUUCUUGUUUCCAAAGACAUCGUCCAAUAUUGAACAGCUUCUUGUGGAGACCGCGUCGACUAAAUCGGAUGACUGGUUUUUCAACGCUCUCAAUGUGGGAAAGGCGGCGGCCGUGGGGAAGGAUCCAGAGGCCCAGACGGAGGCGUCGAAGAUCGGUGGAAAUGGAAACGCAAACAGCGUUGCUAAUCAUGAUGUUCACUCUGUCCCUGAUUCUCCAAUGCUGGAAACGACGUCGUCCUUUGGGUCUACCUCGAGUUCUCCGUCCAUGGCGAAUUUGCCACCAAUAAGGGUUCACGUGGAGGAGAAUCCAAAGGUGGGAGGGUUGGGAAUUGAGGAGCAGUUUCAGCAGAUUAGUGUGGGAGCUACCGGAAAUGUAAAUUUGGUGUUGCCGCAGAAACAGGAGGAGGUUGGGGGUUUUGUGGCUGCUGGUACGGUGGUUUCCGGCGUACCAGUGGUGGUUGGUGGUGAUUAUGCAAAUCGGGUUUUUUCUGAUGAUGAAAGAUCAGAUCAUGGUGGGUACAGGAAGACACAACAAAUUCAGCCCCAGGUACAAUUGCAGCCUCAGCAGGUUCCUCAGUUUCAGCAUAAACAAACUGCUGCCGUUGAUUUACCUUCUCCAGAUUCAGUUUCAAGUGAAGGAAGCAUGUCAAAUCCAUUAUCUAGGCAGAGGCAAGCUAUGUAUCAAGAAUCAGUUAUGCAAAUUCAGUGUGGAAACACCAGGGUUACUGCAAAUCAGGCUGAUCUCAAGACUGGGGAUCAAAAUAACACCACUAAGGUUCAGAUGCAGCCGCAAGUUCAGGAAUCUGGCUAUGUGUUAUCAACACAGUAUGAUCAAAAUCAUCCUCAAUUGCAUCAUCCGCAACAGUUUGUUCAUGCUGGCAACCAAUAUAUUCCUGCUAGAGCUGUGCCGAUUGCUUCUUAUUACCCAAUUUAUCCUUCCCAGCAGCAACACCAUCCGCACCAGCAGAUUCUUGACCAGCAGUACCCAUUUUACUUCGUGCCCGCCAGAACCACCCAGGCUUAUAACUUGCCUGUGCAGCAGCAACCCAGUUAUAGCGAAUUGGCUCCAUCAGCUCCUUCUAGCCGUCCCCAGACGCCGCCUCCUGCUAGCCUGCCCCCCCAUGCGGCUUACAAUCAGGCAAUAAAUGCUGCUUCAUCCAAACCUGAAAUGGCUGCUGCAAUGUAUAGAACAGCAGCUGGAACAGCUCCACAAUUGGUCCAGAUCCCAUCCAGCCAGCACCAAGCACAAUAUGUUGGUUUCACUCAGAUUCAUCAUCCGUCUCAGUCAAUUGCUCCAUCUUCAGCAGCCAAUUCUAAUUAUACUUAUGAAUUUGCUGAUCCUACACAUGCUCAAAUGUACUAUUCUCAGCCUUUGCCACCUCAGCUGGCUGCUCAGUACCAAACCCUGACAUCAGCCCCUGCAAUGGCCGCCCAUGAUGCUUCGGCUCAGCUUCCUACGGAGAACAUCAAGCAGCAAGUUAGAACUUUGCAGCCAUGACAGGUGAGUUGGACAUGGAUAAACAAUUUUGCAGCAGUGGGUUGGAUUAAUCUUUGGAGUUUAUAUUGCGAUGUGUGUCUUAUUAUUCUUAUUGGUUUGUGGUAUGUAAUUUUAAUAGGUAAUAAGGAACUCUGGUGUUUUAUCUUCUUUCUCUUGUGUAUGUCAUUGCUCUUCUCAAGUGAAAAUGGAUGCUGUCUGAUAUCAUACUGUAAAAUUUCAACCUCAAAAAGUUACUUGCCCCCCCUAUAUAUCAGUUUCGAACA